AUGACGACGGCGGCAGACUUGGUGGCGAGCGCGUUCGAGACGUUUUUUAGCAGCAGUGGUGCUACUUUUGAUGUCGUGACGUACAGAACUUUGAGUCGAAAAUUCGCGCUCACGGCACGCGCGGGGAAACGAUUGCUGUGGACGAUUUUAAACGCGAUGCCACGAGAGGAGAGGGAGAAGUGGACGUGCGUCGUGUGCGUUUCGCGUGAGAGAAGGGUAGAGUUGAAACGUUUGGAAGAAGAAGAAGAAGGAAACGAGUUUGAAGGAGAAGAAGAUGUGGCGGUGUACGCUUUAGUGAGGAAAAGAGAAGAGGAAAACGUGUUGGAACAGUUAGUUCGAGAGGAAGAGAAGGAGACGAAAAUGCAAUUGGACUCAGAAGAGGAUGUAUCUUGGAUGUUGAAACACGGCGCGUUUGCAAAAUCAGACGUGGCGAAGAGGUUACCGAGAGGGAAGAAGUUUACUUCCUCUGGCGCGACGACGACAAAAAGCGCGGCGGAACAGAAGAAGCCGGCGGCGAGCGCGGCGACGGCGAAGAAACCGAGCGCCACCGGGCCUAAGAGCGGCAACAUCGCGAGCAUGUUUGGCGGCACCGGGAAGAAAACGGUCGCGAACCCGAAGGAACCGGCGGUGGCGAAGAAGAAAACGACGCCAAAGAAGAAAACUCCGGAAAAGAAGAAGGCUAAAACGCCGACGCCGAAGAAGAAAGCGCCGGCGGCGACGAACGCGGAUGCGAUGAUUGAACACGAAGAAGGGGAUUCAGAUUCGGAUGAUUUAGGAGGCGGUGGAAGGGGGAACCGGCGAUUGUCCGGCGGGAAACGCGCGUUUGUCGACGACGAGGAAGAAGAAGAAGAAGAAGAGGAAGAGCCGGCGACAACGCCGGUGAAAAAAAUGAAGAAAAGUGAUGAAGAUAGCGAACCGCCAAGUCCUGAGAUUAUCGAUAAAGAGCCCGAGGAAGAAGAGACGCCGCGACGCCGGUCGACGAGAAGUACGCCGUCCAAAGCGGCACCGACGCCAAAGUCGAGCUCGAAGAAAGAGAAACCGUUGAGUAAGAAAGCGCAGAAAGAUAUCGUCAAAGCGAGGAAAGCAAGAAUGCAGAAGAAAGUGAUCGAGGAGAUGGACGACGAAACAGGAGAGGAGUUGAUGCGGACAAUUUUCGUCGAUCCGACAACGAAUGAGGAGUGUAACGAAGACGGGACGUUAAAAGCCAAAUAG